AUGUCCGUGAUGCCCUCGUCCAACGGGCCAGUCGAAUCCCAUAACCUGCUCAACAUGCAGUACAUGACGCACGAGUGGCCCUCGUAUCGUUCCGACGUCGAGGAGCCUCCGCGCCCGGUAUCCGGUCCAGCCUCAGCUGAAUCGUCGUCGUCCUCUUCCUCUUCCUACCACUACUCGAUGACCAGCGCACCGUCGGCGGACCCAUACGGCAAUGAUACCACCUUUGAGAACUCCCCACUGAUUCAUCCGCGGUCACCUUCCAGACUCUCCCAGCUAGCAGGUUUGCCGGCUGAAGCCCACCAACUUCCACCCCUCCACUCCACAGCCUUGUUUCCUUCCCGGUUCCCACAACAUACUCAGCGUCGCCAAGAUGUUCUCCCUUACUCAAUAAGCGCGUCGUCUCGCGACCCUUCGGACCUCACCACCAGCCAUGGUUCCACUCGCCCACUACACCUUGAGAGUUUCCAACUCCCAAGUUCCCACCCGACUCAAAAUGUCGCGUUAAUCGCAUCAUCCAGUCGUCCUAGGACAUCCCACCCGGUCUUCACAUCGACCUCGGCUCUAGCUGCUCAUCAUGGAAUCCCCCAGUCGCUUCCACCAGUACCUCGAACAACCAGAUUCUCUUCAGCUUCACCAGCAGUUUCUCGUCCUGCGCCUGCACCCCCAGUCGCCUCUAGCUCUACAGAUUUCGACUUCUCCUCUUUGUGCUCCAACUACUUGACCAUGCUUCAAAACCCGGAGAAGCCUCAGUCCCCCGCGGUGGCUUCGGCCCCGCACAACCUCGGUCCCGAUCAGGACACCGUGCAGGCGAUUAUGGACGUGCUCCAAGCCACGCCUGAGUUCCAGCACGACUUCAGCGAGUUCCUCACGUCCCCGAUGGAGGACUCGCCGUUCGAGGAGUUCCUUACCACUCCCGCGUUGGGCUCCGCCGAUGUAGCGGCUGACCUGCUCACCAGCCCGGCGAUCUACGACGCCGACUCCUUCCCCGACUACGGCAGCAUGCCGCUGUUCGGAAGCGACGGUCUCGGGCUCAGCGGCGCCAGCGAGAUGCACAAGGCUCAUCACUCUGCGCCCUCGCUCUCGCACGACCCGUUCAACUUCGAGGGGAUGUACACGAUGCCUUCUCCCACUACGCCGUCGCUCGAUCCCACCUCCCUCCAUCCCUCGCCGCACGCGGGCACUCUCGCGACGCCUUCCACCCCCGGCCGUCGCCCGCGCAAGAACCUGCCGACUGGCACCAGGAAGAACAUCACUCCUGAUGCCCUGGUGUCGAUGGACGCUCCCAUCCAGACGCGCAAGUAUGUCGUGCCAUCGUCGACGUCGCGCAAGGAGGUCCCGACAGCGUUCCUCAAGAAGAAGCGGGCGCGGUCGCAGGCGUUCGAGGAAGACGAGCUCGAGGACGAGAUCGCCAUCGACCAGAACGACCUCGACGCGAUCGAGGCGAAGCGGCGCCAGAACACCCUCGCCGCUCGUCGCAGCCGGCGACGCAAGCUCGAGUACCAGCGGGAGUUGGAGUUGAGCGUCGAGCGCGAGAAGGAUGAGAAGGAGGCCUGGAAGCGGCGGGCAACCGUCCUGCAGGCUCUGCUGGAGAGCCACGGGCAUGACGUGCCGUCGCUCGACGCGCUAUGA